CCAGGCUUAAAAAAAGAAAAGAAAAAAAAAAGACGCUGGGCGCAGGCGCAGAAAGCCGAACUGGAAGCCUAGUGGCAGCUCAGCAUGGAGGGACGCGCGAACUCCCGGGGCGAGCCCCGCGCCUGGCCCGCCGGGCCCGUGCUGUGCCGCGGCUGCGUGGAGCCUCUCAUCUUCCUUGCCAACUUCGCCUUGGUGCUGCAGGGCCCGGUCACCACGCAGUACCUGUGGCACCGCUUCAGUGCCGACCUUGGCUACAACGGCACUCGUGACAGGGGCAGCUGCACCAACCAUAGCGUGGACCCCACCGCGCAGAAAGUGGAGACGCUUACCUCCCACUGGACCCUCUACAUGAACAUGGGCGGCUUCCUGGUGGGACUCUUCUCGUCCACCCUGCUGGGUGCCUGGAGUGACUGUGUGGGCCGCCGCCCGCUGCUGGUGCUGGCCUCCCUCGGCCUGCUGCUCCAGACCGUGCUGUCCAUCUUUGUGGUACAGCUGCAGCUCCACGUUGGCUACUUCGUGCUGGGCCGCAUCCUUUGUGCCCUCCUCGGCGAUUUCAGUGGCCUCCUGGCUGCUGGCUUUGCCUCCGUGGCAGAUGUCAGCUCCAGCCGCACCCGUACCAUCCGAAUGGCCCUGCUGGAAGCGUGCAUCGGGGUGGCAGGGAUGCUGGCGAGUCUCAUUGGUGGCAACUGGCUCCAGGAGCAGGGUUAUGCCAACCCCUUCUGGUUGGCCUUGGCCUUGCUGAUUGCCAUGACUCUCUAUGCAGCAUUCUGCUUUGGUGAGACAGUGAAAGAGGCGACACCCGCCCGGCUCUUCACACUCCGUCACCACCGAUCCAUCGUCCAGCUCUAUGUGACCCAGGCCCCAGAGAAGUCCAGGAAGCACUUAGCCCUGUACUCAUUGGCCAUCUUCGUGGUGAUCACUGUGCACCUUGGGGCCCAGGACAUCCUGACCCUCUAUGAGCUUAGCACACCCCUCUGCUGGGACUCUAGGCUGAUUGGCUACGGUUCUGCGGCUCAGCACCUCCCAUACCUCACCAGCCUGCUGGGCCUGAGGCUUCUGCAGUACUGCCUGGCCGACACCUGGGUGGCUGAGAUCGGUCUGGCCUUCAACAUCAUGGGGAUGGUGGUCUUUGCAUUUGCUACCAUUACACCCCUCAUGUUCACAGGGUACGGGCUCCUCUUCCUGUCGUUGGUCGUCACGCCUGUCAUCCGGGCCAAACUCUCCAGGCUGGUGAGAGAGUCAGAGCAGGGCGCUCUCUUUUCUGCUGUGGCCUGUGUGAAUGGCUUGGCUAUGCUGACAGCCUCCGGCAUCUUCAACUCGCUCUACCCAGCCACCCUGAACUUCAUGAAGGGCUUCCCUUUCCUUCUGGGAGCUGGCCUCCUCUUCAUCCCGGCCGUCCUGAUUGGGAUACUGGAAAGGGCUAAUCAUUGCCCUGAAUUCCAGCAGUUUUCCCAGAGCCCCUGAUCUGCCUGGACCAGAGGGCAGGGGGCGAGAGGAGCAACGUGAACGCCAACCAGCUGGAAGUAUAUGCCUCUGGGUCCCAGUCCUCAGCAGCAGCGGCAGCUCCCCUCAAAGGGCAGUGUUCACCUUGGACCAGGUGGUCAAGCUAGACCAAGGCCCCCACCUCAUCCACGCCGUGCCUGCCUGUGAUUCUAGGAUCUGGAAUUGUAACCCAGACAGUCCCACUCAGGGCAGGUGGUGUGGGAGCCAUUUGGAACAGGGAUCUGUUAAACCCUUUAGUCCAUCAAUCACAUAGAACCCUCCAGGGGAGAGGAGAGGUCCUGAUGGAGGGACCAGUUGAAGCAUGAGGGCAGCACCUCUGCUUCCAACCCAAACUGUGCAGCUCACCGUGCUCAGUUCACGGCCAAGCAGCUACCAGUCACUCCUUAGUGAUGAAUAUGGUACCACUGGUCAGUGCCAGCUCUGGGGGAAGGGAGGGUUGUGGGAGGGACUUGGUGCCACCUGGAGGGAGAGUGCUGCUAUGUCUGCGUGGGAAUCAAUCCCCUGGGCUUAGCAGUGCCAAUCAUAAUAAGUUUGUAUAAUCACCCUGGAAUGAACCUUCCGGCCCCCAAGGCAUUGGGCUGUGGGGCCUUCUGUUUUCCUGUUCCUAGUUUGCCCACUGUAGGUCAGACAGCAGUGGCUGCUGGAAGGGACAGGGGCCUCUGAGUUGCCAUGGGAUUGGUACUGGGCGUGGCCAGCUCAGUCCUCAUCUGACUGCCCAUUCUCUUCUCCGGAGCUGCUGGGAGGCGAAGGGCUGCCACGCUUGCAUCAGGUCAGCAGAGAAGCUCCGGGCAGAGCCCUGGCCGCUCAUUUCUCAGGGUCAGAGAUCUACUCCCUGAAGACACCUUGCUCUGGUCUUCCUGGCUACACCAAACCAAGCAGAAUCAGUUUUUGUUACCACUCAGCCCUCUAACACCUCCCAUUGCUGGGCAUUUCAGCAGGGCCAUGUGCUGACACCAUCCCUCGAGCAUCUGUAGCUCAACAGGAACCUGGAGAUGGGCCCGACUCCCCAGAGAAUGAGGGGCCCAUUUCUAGGGCGUUAGGAAAGCCUGGACCUGAAGUUGAAAGGCAGAAUGGGAUUUGGUAUUAAGGCACUGGCUUUGAUGAGGGCCAUAGGCCCCCAAACAAAUCAGAUGACACUUGACUCUUCAAAACAGAAUUGGCCACAGGGCAUGGCCCCCUGCUGGUAUUUCUACCCUCAUUCUCUCUCACCUGCCCUGCUAGCCAGUUUUCUGGCUAGAAAUCACGCAGGUAAAACGUGGCCCAGGGAAAACUAGGGUCAGCUGUGGCCCUCUGUAGCCUGGGCCUGUUUCCAGAUUACCAUCUCACUGUCCCCUGUCAUUGGGAGAUCAAGCAAGGAGAGGCCCCCUCCACUGACUGUCCCAGCAGUGAGGGUGGUAGGAAAAAGGCUCUGGGCUGGCCUCAGGCCCAGGCUCUACUCCGGGCAUUGCCUCUGGUUCGUGUGUGGCCUUGAGCAAGGCCCUCUAUGAAGGGUUAGAUCAGCAAUGCCUCUAAUUGUCUGAUCAUGGUUGGACAAGUUAGGAAACACUAGAUUAAAUACUGUUUUAAGAUCCUUCCUGUCUCAUACAUUCUAGAAUGGAAUGAAUGCCUCUAUUCAUGGACCUAGGGGAAGGAUAAAUGAGUUGGAGCUGGACUUUUGACUUUUGAGUGUUUCUUGGUCGGUCAUGAGCAAUUCUUGGUCUUGGAGAGGGGUGGGGUGAGGCUGACUCAGCCCCGACCUGGGAGCAGCAGCUACAGCCCAGCCAAGCAGAAAACCCUGACCCCGCAGACCAGGCUGCAAUGUCAGAGCAGGCUGGGGGGCGGGUGGUGAAAGGCUGUUUCUCAGCUCUUUGUCUCAGGACCGGCCCUGUGAGACCACGCCUAGGUGGAAGGUGCGGGCCAGGGUGCCUGCCCUGGCUGCGAUCUGGGCAGUGUUUGUUACGGCCGGGGAGGCUGGCCCCUGAACACACUGGCCUGGCCAGGGGAGGCUCGUCACUUCAGCUGCUCCGGUGGGGCCCGGAGGCUGGGCUGUGAUUCCUCAGAGAGACAGGAGGGAGGCAGCAGUAGAGAGUGUGCCAAACAGAAAAACAAACAGUGCUGGGCAACCUCUCUGAGUACUGCCCAUGAGGGACCUCAGGAGGGAGUGGGACUGAUUGGGGACAAAAAGACAGAAGGCUUCCCCUGGAGGAGACUCAUCACACUGUAUUGUUAUUGUCUCUGCUCUUGAAGGCAACAUCCAGUCUGCCUCAGUCACCGUCGUAUCCAGGGCACCGGUGGGCAUUCAUGUGGCAAGAAGGAAAAGGGUCAAGUGCAGUCAGAGGACCGGCUAGAGGCAGUAUCUUUGACAGGGAGGCGAGUGGAAGGAAGGAGUUCCAAGCCUGGAGCGAGACCUUUGACUUUCUGACGAUGUGGCCCAAGAGCUCCGAGGGCCCUGGCCAGCACCUGCAGGAGGUGGCUCUGGGAGCUGAGCCAGCCUUCAGGUGUGAACCCACUGCCCUCAGGAGGGGAGGGGAGGGGCAGGGCAGGUGCCCGCUGAGCCCAUUAGCUGGAGCCUGCAUUUACUGGAAGGAGGAUGCUUUCUUGCUCUCCUACCCUGGUGGAGGAAGGGGCCGAGGGACACUCCUGCUCGGUUAUUUCUUUACAGCCCCUGAGUCAGCCUUCUGUUGUGAAAGCCUGUCCCCCCACGGCUAGAUUCUUUGGGGCAAGAGGGAAGCCAGCCAUCUGUGGAGCAACAGCCCUGCCCAGGGUGCAGCCUCCAGGAUGAUUUUCAGUCCCCCCCGGCGGUAGACUGAGCGCCAGGAGGCCAGGUCUGCAUCCUGGGGCUGCCACUGGUGACUUGGGAAACUGGGCACGACAUUCAAUUCCUUCUCUGUAAGAUGGAGAUAAUACCAGGUAAGGCUGCUCUGAUGAUUAGAGACCAUGGAGUGAAGUGUCAGGGAAAUGGCAAACAUUUGUGAGGCAUUUGUGUUUCAGUCUUGCUUCCUAAGGUAUCAUUCCCUGAUCACCAGCUUCAGCCCAGGUGGGAGUUUGUGAGAAAUGCAGGAACUCGGGCCCCACCCCAGGUGUCCUGAAUGGGAUUUUAACAAAAUUCCCAGGUGAUUCGAAUGCACCCCAUGCCCUUCUUCAGGAUCUUGCCUCUUCCCAGGGAGCUACAGGUUCUGCCCAGGCUACUGCUGCUGCCACAGGGGGGCUGCCUCGCCCCAGCUCCCCCUGAGCCAGUGCGGGGGCAGCCUUGGACGGGUGAGGGGCUGAGGAAGGGAGCUGGGCCACGCUGGGCAGAGGCGUGGCGCACAG